AGCUGGCUGCUGUAAUUUAUUCAAUUAAAAUCAAUUUAAGUUAAGUUAACAAGAGUUUGUGUGUGUGUUUCUUUUUGUCAAAAGUAAACGGCUUUAAGCCAGUAAUUGAGAGGAAGUAAUUUCAAGUGCUGUUAUUUCAAUUGAUUUAAAAUACUUCAAAAUGAUGUUGAGAUUUUUAUGUUGUUUUUUGAUACUAAUACAAACCGGUUGGUCGUCAAAUCAAUAUCUUUUCGAAAGUACUCGUGGUCUGGGAACACUACAUACACAACAAAUUAACCCAGCAUAUGAUAUACAAUACUAUUUCUUUAGUGCUCCAGAGGACAAAAUUGAUCAAAAUGAAGCCUUAAGAAAACUUAUACCAUUAAUAAAGGCACGUCAACAAGUUAUAUUUAUUAAAAAUCCUGAAAAUAAUAACUACGAAAAGGCUUUAGAAAAUCUAAUACAAAACGCAGUACAACCAAAAACCCAUAUUUAUGUACUUAACAAAGAGCCCAAUUAUGCUGGACUACAGAAAAAGUUCCAAACUUUACAGAAGACAGUACAUCAUAAACCCGAAGUACACUUUAUAAAAUAUCGCAAUCCGGCGGAAGCUCAACAAAUACAAUCGACAAUUAUACAAAAAUAUGGAGGCAGAAGUAGCGAUAAAGCCGCCCUCAAACAGACACGUUCUGUGGCAAGUGAUAAUAAACCAGUAGAUAAAAAUUAUGCUAUAAAUUUCUUGCCAACGGGUGUGGAUGUUGUACCCGGUAGUUCAUAUAUACCAUUAGUUUUGUAUUAAUUGCAUUCAUUCAACAGAUUUUUUGUUUGAUUAAACAACUUGUUAAAAGUA